AUGAUGCUGGUCUUAGACCUGGUAGAAGAAUCUCUUUGGGCAAUCUGUGAGGGAAACUCUGAGGAAUGGGCUGAAUGCCAUCUUAAUCUCAGCUCUUCUGCUCUGUGCACAAGCUGUGCUCUCUCUGCUGAUAAUGAUACAGAAAUCACACGACACAAAGGUGGUUCAGUGCUGUUACCCUGCUCCUGCUCUGACCUGCACACCAAACCUCAGAAAUUCACCUGGAUGAGCUACAGAACAGGAGAUGGGACAGAAGUGUUAAAUGAUGAACGCUACCGUGGCAGACUUCAGCUGUUUAAUAACAUUUCUCCUGCUAAUCUGUCUCUGCUCAUAUCUGACCUGAGAGAAGAGGAUCAAGGAGUCUACAGGUGCAGCACUGAAAAGGAACACAGAGACAUCUGGCUUUCUGUUAAAGGCUGUGAGCUGGUGAAGAAGGCAGAGGUAGAGCGUGUGUCUGUGUUCACAGGAGAGUCUGUAGUUCUGCCCUGCGUCUGCACUGACCUACAGGCCAAACCACAGUCUCUAAAAUGGGAGUUUAAUGGAAGAAAUCGUUAUCAGGAAAUUUACCCUGAACAGACUGGACAUCACAGAAACAGAGUCAAACUGGUCAGAAACUCUCCAGGAAACCUCUCUCUACUCAUAUCAGACCUGACUGAAGAGGACAAGGGACGCUACAGAUGUUCUGUACAAGCUGAUAGAAGAUAUUUCAGAUUAUAUGUUAAAGGAGGAAGAUGUGGAGAGAACGUGAUUACUGAUGGACAUCAGGACUGUGAGGGAAAGCAGGAGGAUCAGUUCAGCCAUGAAACUCUAUCCGUGCUCCGAUUGGUUCCCGCGAUGCCAGUGCAGCAGCCAAUCAGCAACGCUUCUCCGUCUACGUCACCCUUUAUUAUCCUGACCAGCAGUUUAGACCGGUAA